AUGGCGGUCGCAGAUGGGUUCGAAAAGAAUUCCUCCGGACACCGCGCCUACCGCGUUGGGAUAGAUGCUUCUAUAUGGUUCAAGCAUUCAACUUUCAGUAAAGGCGGAGAAAAUCAUGAGCUUCGAACUCUGUUUUUCAAGAUCAUCUACCUUCUCAAGAUGCCAAUCCUCCCUCUCAUUGUCUUCGACGGACGACAUCGCCCAAAAGAAAAACGUGGUAGUCGUAUGGGCAAAUCCGGCUCUCACAAUUUAUCCCGCCCUUUCAAAGAACUACUCGACGCUUUUGGCGUUGAGUGGAGAGAGGCUCCAGGAGAGGCAGAAGCAGAGCUAGGACACCUCAACAAUCUGGGGAUCAUCGAUGCGAUUAUGAGUGACGAUUGCGACUCCUUUAUUUUCGGUGCAAAGGUUGUCAUCAAGAACAAGUCGAAGGAGCUCUCCGGCAAUGCUAGCAAUCCUGCAGUGAAUGCAGCGGGCAAAGUGGACAAGCACCACACGAUGGUAUACCGCAUUGAAGACAUACAGAAUGACCCGGAUAUUGGGUUAAAGCGAGGAGGGUUAGUUCUUUUUGCCCUUCUUUGUGGAGGCGACUAUGAUCAGAAGGGCGUCAGAAAUAUCGGCAAGGUCGCAGCGCUCGCGCUCGCUCGGUGCGGCUUUGGGGAGAAACUACUGGCCGCCUACCAGACGAAAUCCCCCGCUGAAUUCCAGCGUUUCCUUCAUCAAUGGCGUUCGGAAGUCAACACUGAGUUGAUGACGAACUCGAGGGGAUUUUUAUCCCGGAGGAUGCAAAAUGCUUCCCUCCCACCGGACUUUCCGGCGUUGACCACUCUAGAGAAGUAUGCGAACCCCAAGAUUAGCUCCAACGGAGGAAGUGGACCUGUUACCAGCGGUAUGCGAGACCGCGGUGAUGUCGAUCUCGCUGCCUUGGCGGCCUUUUGCGAGAAAUACUUCGAGUGGGCGACCAAGGAUGGCAUCUUGGAGAAGUUCAGGAACAACGUCUGGCCCGUCGCUGCGAUGCACGUCUUGCGAAGAUCGGCAUUAGCCGCAGAUCGGAAGGCGCGAGCAGGAGGAUGCGGGGCUCCCAUAGGAACCCCUCCCUCCCUCAUCAUUGCUCACCUUGGUCAGAAGAAGAAGCAUCGGGACACCAGGUUAGAUGCCCUCGACGACGUCUUCCAUCAUCGAGCACCGCAUCAAUCCCAACCCACGGAAUAUAGGCCAAACGAGCCCGAUCCCAAUCCCUUGUUUUCCCAAAUCACCAACGCCCGCGUACAUGCAGAGACCGACGGUCUCCUCGAAUACAAGGUUGAGAUUUGUCCGACCCAGCUGGUCAACUUGACCCUUGCGGGAGUCAAAGGGACCAGGGCAGAACCAGAGUCCAACAGAACACGACCGCCCAAGCCUCCAGCACCGCCCCAUAGCAAACACGCAUUCUUGGUUUGUGGGACUGUCCUUGCGGCAGUGCACCCCCAAUUGGUCGAGGAAUACAAGGAAAAGCAGCGGAACAAAGCCAAAAAGAAACCUGGAAGGCGGAGGAAGGAGCCUGGAGGGCAGACGUCCGACUUCGAUGACGGUAUUAUCGAUCGCCCGCCUGAAGCGUCAACCUCAGUGUCAGCCUUUCCAGAGGCCAAUACCUCUGGCAAGUCCAACAGUGCCGAGAAGGGGAAUCGGCAGCACCCCUCGCUCACCCAGGUCCGCGCUGAUGACCUCCGCUUCGAUCCAGAUCCCCCCAAUCGAAGAACUGGUUUUCUGGCGACCUUCCGAGACCCCGGUCUAAAUGGAGACGAGGACGAACAAAGUGAUGAUGAAAUGGAACCCUUUGCAGACAAGGAGUCUCCUGCUGAUGACGAACUCGCGCAAUCCCCCAGACUCGCGGCUAUAUGGGACCAAAUCCUCGACAAUCCAGUUCGCCUAUGCGCCAAGAGUAAAGGCAAGCGGAAGGCCACAGAUUCACCAGUUCGACGCCAGGAAAAGAGACAGCGGUCUGUUGGUGCUUUGUCUCAGCCUCGCCAUCGCACCAGCCCACCAGUAGUAACCAGCGGCCAGACCCACUCCAGACCGAAGGUUUCGCAAUCAAGCAGCCGCCGCCGGGAGGACAGUGACUCGGAGAUUGAGGUCACCAGCCCCAGACCUAUUCCUUCUUUCAAGGAUGCGGGACGUGUUUCCCGAAGGGAGAGCCCUGCGCCGAUGCCCCCGAGCAGCCAGUACAGUAUCUAUGGCGGGGAGCUCCCAGAGUUGUCGGAUUCCGACGAGGAGGGUUUGUUUUCGCAAAUCCCACUUGCAUCUGCCUCUUCCCGGAUGAACACUGGUCAUCCACCGCGAAGGCAGGUGCUUGACGAGGUCAUAGACCUCACUUAA